AUGUCGUCUCGUGCGCACCAGGUCACUGCCAUCGGCUGGCUCCUUACCUCGUUCGGCCACACGAUUUCCGCCAAGGAAUGGCAGUCCCGGAAAGACUUCAAGUCCAUUGGCAACCUCGCCAAGACGUGCGGCACCGUCGGCUGGUACCAGGGGAGCGGCUUGUUCCUUAUCCUCGCCCUCCUCAAUUAUCAGUACUCCCUGAGCCCCACGGCGAUCCACACUUCGAUCGACAAGGCCGUCAUUGCUACUGCCGUCGCCACGAUCUGGAGUUCCGCGCUGUAUUAUUACAAGAAAGGCCUCGUGCCCAACGCCGUCGUCACAAGUGUUGUGGGUGGUCUGCAGGCCUAUUCGUUCUUCCUGGCUUAG